AUGCGGAGGCCGCCCAAGCCCAAGCCAGCAGCAGCGUCGGCCACCUUCCUCCUCUCCCUCUCCCUUCUCCUCCUGCCGCUCGGCUUCGUCGCCACCCACAGGGCAUUCUCCGGUGGCGUCGCCGCCGCGUCCACGUCCACCGCCAAGCGUGUUCUUCUCGUGGACGACGGCCAUGCCAACGCGGACGCCGCCGCCGCCAAGCCGGUGCGCGACGUUAUCUCAGCGGUGGUGGCGCGCGCGGCGGCCGCGGUGCGCGCGUCCGCGUCCAACUGCUCCGCGUACCUCCGCCGGCCCGCGGGGGCUGGGGCGCUGCGGGUGCGCGACAGCCUGGCGCUGUCCGACUGCGUGGAGCUGCUGGGGCACACGCUGGCGCAGCUGGGCACGGCGGAGGCGGAGCUGUCGGCGGGGAACCGCUCCGCGGAGGAGUCCGUGGCCGGGGUCCAGACCGUGCUGUCGGCCGCCCUGACCAACCAGUACACCUGCCUGGACGGCUUCGCGGGGCCGUCGGCGUCGGAGGACGGCCGCGUCCGGCCCUACAUCCAGGGCCGCAUCUACCACGUGGCCCACCUGGUGUCCAACUCCCUCGCGAUGCUGCGCCGCCUCCCGCAGCGGCGCCGUCGGGGCAGAGAGGCGCUGGAGCUGGAGGGGUACGGGCGCGUGCGGCGCGGGUUCCCGUCGUGGGUGUCGGCGGCGGACCGGAGGCGGCUGCAGCAGCAGCAGCAGGUGGUGGUCCCGGACCUGGUGGUGGCCAAGGACGGGAGCGGCAACUUCACGACGGUGGGGGAGGCGGUGGCGGCGGCGCCCAACAACAGCGAGGCGCGGUUCGUGAUCUACAUCAAGGCGGGGGGCUACUUCGAGAACGUGGAGGUUGGGAGCGAGAAGACGAACCUGAUGUUCGUCGGCGACGGCAUGUGGAGGACGGUGAUCAAGGCCAGCCGCAACGUCGUCGACAACUCUACCACCUUCCGCUCCGCCACGCUAGGUCAGUAA